AUGAAGCUUCCAUUGUUCUUCCUCGGCCUCAUGUGCCUGGCAGCGGCCACCCCAAUGGGUCUCGAGUCCCGUCAACUCAGUUCGGGAAAUGAACUCCGUGACGGCUCUUGCAAGCCCAUCAUCUUCAUCUUUGCGCGCGCUUCCACGGAGCCGGGCCUCCUUGGCAUCUCCACCGGCCCGGCCGUCUGCAACGAUCUCAAAAUGGCCAAGGCCGGCCAGGUUCUUUGCCAGGGUGUCGGCCCUGCCUACACGGCUGAUCUGAUUUCUAAUGCCUUGCCCGGGAACACUUCCCCAGCAGCCAUCAGUGAAGCAAAGUCUCUCUUCAACCUUGCCGCAUCCAAGUGUCCGAACAGUCAAAUCCUUGCCGGCGGAUAUAGUCAAGGAACAGCGGUGAUGGAUGACUCCAUCAAAGAGCUCGACGACAACGUCAAGGACAAGAUCAAGGGUGUGGUCCUCUUCGGCUACACUCGCAACGCCCAGGAACACGGCCAGAUCGGGAACUUCCCCUACGACAAGGUCAAGAUCUACUGUGCCGCGGGCGACAUGGUCUGCGACGGCACACUACUCGUCCUCCCCGCCCAUUUCUCGUACAUUGUCAACACCGGUGAGGCCGCACAGUGGCUGGAGUCUAAGCUGGGAACCAUCUCGACCUCGUCGACUUCGUCUGGAAGCACUGGCACAAGCACUAGCAGUGGGAGUUCCACCUCGUCUUCAGGAGCCUCUGGACUUUCUGGACUUGGCGGUCUGAGCUCGCUUUUCGGCGGCGGCGGCGGCGGCGGCAGCAGCAGCAGCAGCAGCAGCAGUGGUUCAAGCGAUAGUUCGAGCAGCUUGGGGUCUUUCUUUUAG